UUAUUCUCACCACAGCUGUCUACUAACUUGCGAGAGUGCUUGUAAAGUUUAUGUUCUUGUGCUACUUUUAUAAUUAAGUUAUUACUGAAUAUUACACGUUCAACAUGUCGGUGGUUAUUGAAACCACAAUCGGUGAUAUUACGGUUGAUUUAUUUACCGAGCAGCGGCCAAUUGCGUGUCUCAACUUCAUAAAACUGUGCAAGCUGAAGUACUACAAUUACAAUUUGUUCCAUACAGUGGAACAGAAUUUUAUUGCCCAAACUGGUGAUCCUAGUGGAGCUGGAAAUGGAGGUAGUUCUAUUUGGGGUGUAAUUGAAGGUCCACAAAAACGAUUUUUCCAAGCUGAAAAUUUGCCAAAGAUAAAUCAUACAAGCCCUGGUUUGCUGUCACUAGUAAGUCCAGGUAAAAAUUUGGUUGGCUCGCAAUUCUUCUUUACAUUAGACUCUAAUUUAACAUUUUUGGAUGGUGUACAUUGUGUUAUUGGAGAGGUGGUCGAGGGUUUUGAUAUAUUACGCACGUUGAAUGAAACUAUUGUCGAUGAUAAUAGUCGACCUUUUCAGGACAUACGCAUUACACAUACUGUUAUACUUAAUGAUCCAUUUGAUGAUCCGCGAGGUUUUCAAGUGCCAAGUCGUUCGCCAUCACCCAAUGAGGAACGUCUAAAAAAUGGGCGGAUUGCUGCUGAUGAGGACAUUUAUGACACAGAAGGCAAAAGUGUUGAAGAACUGCAGGAGAUGAUAGCCGAUCGUGAAGCAAAAGCACGUGCAACUAUUUUAGAAAUUGUGGGUGAUAUUCCAGAUGCUGACGUAGCGCCACCAGAAAAUGUACUAUUUGUUUGUAAACUCAAUCCAGUAACAACGGAUGAUGAUUUGGAAAUAAUAUUUAGUCGCUUUGGUAGAGUAAAAACUUGUGAAGUUAUACGUGACAAAAAAACAGGAGAUUCUCUACAGUAUGCUUUUGUUGAAUUUGAAGAGCAAAAAUCAUGUGAAGCGGCUUACUUUAAAAUGGAUAAUGUACUUAUUGACGAUAGACGUAUACAUGUAGAUUUCUCUCAAUCUGUCGCUAAAGUAAAAUGGCGAGGUAAGGGCCGUGGUGUGGAUGGAAUGCAAGGAAAGUUUGAUUUUAACGAUUUAAGUGAGGAAAAAAAUAAAAAAGGGGAAAGUAGAAAUACUUAUAAAAAUCGGCGUCGUUCACCUGAAUAUAGACAGUAUGAUAGAAAAAAUAGAUCUCCACGUCGAAGUCGCAGUAGAGAACGCCGGGACUUUUCUGCUAGAAAACGAAAAGAUGAUAGUAGUGAAAGAUAUACUAAAAGUAAUAAAUAUAAUCGCAAGUCUCCUGCACAUAAUGAUGACGCUAAAUAUCAUCGAGCACGACAUCAGAGUCAAAGUCCAUCUCGUAAGCAUAGGUCUAACUCGAAGAAUCGUAAUAUCAAUCGUGAUGAAAGGAGCCGAUGUAGUCGUAGCCCAGCACGUGUACAAAACGAAUAUUCUAGAGAGCGUGAAAAUUAUCGUAAAAGAAGAAUGGAGGAUAACUCUAGUCCUGACCGCACAUACAAAAAUCGUCAUAGUCCCCUGCGUGGACGUCGAGCUGACCACAAUGAUUAUGAAAGAAAUCGUCACCAUCGCAAUACGCAUAGUCCACCACGCAAUUAUAGAGAUGAACGUAAACAUGACAGGCAAAGGUCUAACAGCAAUAGUCCUUCACGCCGGGAUAGAUUAGAUCCCAAAGUGUGUGAACGAAAAAAUGGUAAAAGUAAUGAUAAUAUAGAGCAUAGACGUCGAACCGAAUUAACGCAACAUGAACGAAGCGAAAGGCACAGCAGAUAUGAUAGUGUUAGUAACAACCAUAAACCCUUGUAUGACAGCCGCACACGAAAGGACCACAGUGUGGAUAAGAGUAUAAAACCUUCACAUGAUGAGAAAAAGAAACGUAAAAUGAGUGAACAAAAGGAUAGAAAAAGAAAGAAUAAAAAAACUAAAGACUCAUCCUCUAGUGAAACGGAAUCUAACAGCUCAACUAGUGACAGCAGCACAACUUCAAGCUCCAGUUCAACUAGUGACAAUAGUACACCCUCAAGUUCCAGUUCUAGUUCUCAAGAUGAGCGUAAACGUAAAAAAAAUAAAGAAAAAAAAUCUAGAAAAACAAGCAAAAAAUAUAAA